GGGUGACACGAAUAACAGUUUGGCACAAUUUCACACGAAAACAAAAGUUUCCAUAGGAACCUGUGACGUCAGCAUGAAAUAUCCUGGCAUUGAGGAUACGGGUACGGUCUGUAGAUAUUGGUGGGUCUGACAUCCUUCUCUCAGAGAGUACUGAACCUGAGUCACGCUAAGUCGGCGACAUGCAGACUUCUACUCGCACCGCCUCCACACUUCAGCAGACGGAACAGGUUCUCACCAUGCCUCUUCAGCGUUACAGAAACGGGGCACAUAAUGCGGACACUCCGCAGUUUCACUUCAUCGUCCCUCUGAACGUGGGCGGCCAUCACUACACCAGCACCCUGCCGGUACUGCGCAAGCACGAGGAGUCCAUGCUGGCGGCCAUGUUCAGCGGCCGCCAUAUUGUUGUGAAGGACAAAGACGAUCGCUACUUCAUCGAACGAGACGGCACCAACUUCGGCCACAUCCUGAACUUCCUGCGUGACAGCAGCAGACUUCCUCCUCUAGACAAGGUCAAAGACGUCUACCAGGAGGCGCUCUACUACGGCAUCAAACCCCUCGCCGACAUCCUCCGCCGGUACAGGCCGAUCCGCGAGGAGGAAGAGGUCGCCAGGUGGGCCGAGCAGUGCCCAGCCGCCCAGGAUAAGGCCGACGAGAUCGCCGACCUUGUCCUGAAGAAGUUUGCGGACACCCUGAGCAGGACCAGCCGCGUGGUUCUCCAGUUCGACCAGGAGCCGUGCUGGGAGUCCGUACAUCUCGAGGGAAGCACUGGCGUGUCCACUGGCAGCUACUACAAACCUCACGACUUCCAACAAGACGAGAGUCACAAGGACCACAAGUGUCCCCUGCCAGAAGUAUCCAUGGGAGAGAUGUCGGAGAAGGAGAGAGGGAAGACGCUGAGUUUCUUCGAUCACUACUUCGAGAAGCUGGGCUAUAAGGUGGAAAUCCUCCCUGGGGAGUGUCGGGAGGCGGUGUGGUCCCAAAAGAUCACCUGGCCUGGCGACGGGCUGGACUCGAUAACCAUCUACUGUACCAAGCAGAUCUACACACUCACCUUUGCUUGAUUUAAGUUGGAACAACAGAGCGCGCGCAUGUUGAGCCACAACAAUCGCAGGCGCGUUGUUUUCGUCUACACAUAAUGGGAUUCUGCACACUUAGUUUAUCGCUCAAGAUUGACUCCUAUUUCUCCCGUAAACUUAUAGUUACACAAUAUGGCUCCUAAUUAAAACGUACAGCAGUGUCUUUAACACUGAUUAUGGAUGUGCGUCACUUAGUCUCUGUGUGCCGUUAUGUAACGUACAAUCUCGUUUUUUUUUCGUUUGCACUUUUACUGAGGGCCCUUAACACUAUGAACAGUGGAUGGAUCCUUUUUUAGCAUAAAGAAACAGAAACUUUUUAUUUAGCGCACUCAUAUUUAGCGCACCAGGUAUGGUACUUGGUGGAUAAGUGAGGUGGACAUUACUAGUAAAUGUUGGAGAGUAGUACUUAGCUGGUGUUCUGAAGACAUUAAAGGAUGGGUGGAUAAUGA